AAGGGCAUUUUUGAAUGCUAGAAGCCGCCACCAGAUAGAACGGAAGAGAAGAAGGGUUACUGUGAAUAAUAUUCUUGUAUUAUCUUCUUAAACCUCUCAAGGGUUUUUGCUUUUCAAUUUGGUUGGAUCAUGACAGAAGCAGAAACAGAAACAAAGAUGAUAAGAGGUGGAAGAAGCAUCGUUUCUGCGCCGCCAGCCUUCUCCAAUGAUGCCAAGAAUCUUUUGAUUUGCACCGGCAAUACUAUUUCUGUCUUCAGUACCUCAACUGGGUUGCAGGUAACAGAGUUGGAAGGUCAUACUUCGGCGGUGACGUCUGUUGUAGUAGUGCCUUCGUUGACCCCUGCAAGCAAAAUCUUAUGCUACUGUUGGACGGCGUCUUUGGAUGGAACCAUUCGUUAUUGGGACUUCUCUGCCCCUGAACUCAUGAAGACUAUCAACAUUCAGUUUCCAAUAUAUUGCAUGGUCAUUCCAAACUUUUCUUCUGAACCAGCUGAAAGCGGGUCAAAAGAGGGUGAUCUUUUUGCUUAUUUAUCCAUUGAAAAAGAAAAUGGUCAGGAGAUGCAGAAAAUUAGUAUAAGAGGUCAAAUUUGCAAGUGUAACUUAACUAAGGGACGCCUUGCUGGUGGAGUUACUUUGGCAGAGACUUCUGAUCCAGAACUUAUUACUGUUUGCAACUCUUCAAGACUCUUAGGCAUCCGAGAUAAGCGGAAACUUCGUCUAUGGAAGCUAACAGAAAAGGAACCGGAACGUGCUAAUAUUAAAAAGAUUGUGUUGCAUCACACAAAAAAAUUGACAGUUCUUGCUUUUCAUCCCAGUGAGAGAAUUGUUGCUGCAGGAGAUGCGACUGGUAGGAUUUUAAUUUGGAGGGGUGUUGGAAAUAGAACAUUCGCAGUUAUGAAUGGAGGGUUGACAAAGAGUGAAGAGGAUCGGCCAGGGGUGAGGGGAGAUGACGAUGCAGAUUCCUGUACCACAUUGCAUUGGCAUUCAGCUGAAGUGAACCUUCUUUUCUUCUCUUCAGAUGGUGCAUAUUUGUACUCAGGUGGAAAGGAAGGUGUCCUAGUGCUUUGGCACCUAGAUACAGGGAAGAAGAGAUUUCUACCACGAAUUGGAUCUCCACUUAAGUUCUUCUUAAAUUCUUCAGAUCCAUCACUUGCUUCUAUAUCUUGUACUGAUAAUCGAGUUCAUCUACUAAAAAUGCCUUCAAUGGAAAUUCUGAAGACCAUUUCUGGUAUCAAGCCUCCAAGUUUUGUGUCUAAGGCCAUUGGAAGCUCGAAUAGUAGAUUUGCUUUUGAUACUGGUGCUGGAUUAGUUGCUCUACUCACAGAGAACUACUGCAUCCAGUUGUUCAGCUUGCUUGAUGAUCGUGAAAUAUCCGAGGUUCAAGUCUGCGAAAGAAACCAUCAACCAGGUGAUGAGAUCACGGUAAUAAUAACUCUGGUAGCAAUAUCUCAAGAUGGCUCUUUGAUGAGCACUGUUGAAAAUAGGCUUCCAGAAGAAGAAAUUGGAGGCCUUGUUUGUCUAAAGUUUUGGGAAUGUCAACCUCUGAAUAAGGAUUUCAGCUUGUCCACCAUCAUAUAUGAACCACACAGGGAUGGUAAUUUGUCUGCUAUCGCUUUUCAUCCUACCCGUCGUAUAACCGUCAGUUGUUCUUAUGGCGGUGACUUUAAGGUCUGGGUGGAGAAUAACGCGGCUAAGCCAACAGAUAACUUACUAAAGAAAAAUGGGUGGACAUGCCAUGCUGUCGGCUCAUAUAAAAACAAGCCUAUGACAGCUGCUGCUUUUUGUCUUGAUGGUUCUGUUUUGGCUGUGGCUGCUGAGACGGUUAUUACACUCUGGGAUCCUUUGAAGAAUGUUCUCAUUUCUGUAAUCGGAGACAGCUUAGAGCCAAUUUCGUCCUUAUCAUUUGUAUCGAGUUCUGAGUAUCUUGUAUCUGCAAGCCGAGGUUCCAAUGCUCAACUAUCCGUUUGGAAGAUGGCAAACCUUUCUCUAGAUUGGUCAUAUAAGAUUCAUAUAGAAGCUUUAGCUUAUAAGCCAAAUGACGCAUCCUCAUUUGCAGUCCUUGCGAUUCUCACUGAAGCUGCUAGACGUUCAGCAUGUAAUAAAAUUAAAGCACCUGAUGUAGAUGGGGCAAUUCUUUUAUUUAAUGCUGCAGAUCCAGUUCCUGUAGCUACUUGGUUUGUAAGAAAGGCAGCUGGAGGCGGAAUAGCGUUUCUAAAUAAUACAAGUGAAGCUGCUUGUGAGAACAUGAUCACAAAUGACAAAAAGGAACCCAUAUUGGUAUAUAUGAAUGGAGACCAUGAAUAUGUUCUGUUUGACCUAGAGAGAAACACACAUUCAAUAGAGACAGUCAUCUCAUCCUCUCGUGUAAAUGAUGUGUCCACCAUACAGCAAACCGCAGAGCAAGGCGGUGGUUACUUGGCCAUGUAUGGUGAGUUGCCUGAGUUUGAGAUGAAGACAAAUAAUAGUAAUGAUCCGAGUGAAUCAGCUCCAUUUGUUCCUUCUGGGAGGCCAUGGGAGACCAUAUUCAGCGGCUCGACUCACAGUCUCCCCCCUUUAACUAAAUUAUGCGCAUCCUUUUUGGAGUCAUUGCUAGAAAUGAGAAGCACUACUACUACUACAAUUGAGUGAUGUACUACCAAAAUUCAUCCCAGAUUCCAUGAUUUCGACACAGAUGGAAGCAGCAGAAAUACGUAAACAAGAAAGAGGAAGAAUUUACAUCUGAAUGAUUUGUAAAAUGAUUUUAUUUAUUUUUUCAACUUUUUAUUAUCAUGAGACUCAUGUUGUGUUUUAGCAUAGGAACUGAUUUAGAUAUAAAUGUUAUUUCAUUUACCAUUAAGUGAACAAGGUUAAUUCUUCUCCUUGUUAAAAGGACAAUUUUGACUAUGAAGAUUUUUCUUUAUGUGCCA